CAUUAAUUAAAAUAUUUCCAUUAACUAACCAUUUUCUUUUCAUGGAUAAUAACUAUUCAAGUAUGGCAUUGACAUAUAGUUGGUUAUAUAUAGUCCUAGCACUAUCAGUGUUAGUGUUUGGAAAUGAUUUAAUUGAAGAUCCACAGAAUGAUCUUACAAUUAAAUUAGUUGCUCCAUGGUCUAGUACUGAUUUUAAAUUAAAUUUACUUGAAAGUAUAAGUGUUAGAAAUGCUUCGAAUUAUUUACCAACCCUUUUAACUUUAUUUAAUUUAAAUGAAGAUGAUAGUGAGUUACAAACUAAACAACCAGAACAAAUCUUUAAUCAACUUAUUACACAACUUCAGGUUGAUAAAGAGACUAAAUCACUUAUUGAAUUUGAUAUUACUUAUAAAGUUAAUUCACCUCGAAUUCAAACUCAUUAUGAACAUUAUAAACAUGAAGUUGAAGAUGAAUUUUCUAAAAGAUUGAUUAAAGAAUGUAAACAUGAUUCAUUUGGUAAACAAAUCUUAUCUGAUGAAAAAGUUAAGCAUGAUGCAUGGGUUUUAUAUAAUGAUAAAUUAUAUUGUUCUUCUGAUGAUCUUUAUGCUUUAAAGACAGAUUCAAAUUCAAAAGUAUCAAUUUUACCAUUCGAUAGAAUAAUUGGUGACAAUGAUGAUGCCCCCUUAUUAAUAUUAUAUGCCGAUUACAGAUCAGAUCAAUUCUCAGGUUUCUUUACUAAUCUCUAUCAGAGUGCUCAAUCAGGGAAAUUAAGAUUUAUAUGGAGAUAUAUUCCAAGUCAAUCAACAACUGAAGAUGAACAACUUGCUGGUUAUGGUAUAGAUUUAACAUUAAAGAAUAGUUAUUUAGUUGAUGAUGAUGCUCAAGAUAUCUCUGAUCUGAAAGUAAAUUCAUCAUCAAUUAAAAAACUUGAUAUAGCUGAAGAUUUCUUAAAGAUUAAAAAUCAAAAUGAUCUUAAACUGAUAUCUAAAAAGGAACUUGAAGAUUUAGGAGCUCAAUUAACUUCAUUUAUUAUGAAUAAUCAAUAUACUAAUUAUUCAAAAUUUGAAUUAUUAAAUUCUAUUCUUGAAGAUUUUCCUAAAUUUGCUCAUUAUUUAACUAAAGUUCCUAAAGAUGGCAAUUUCGAUAAAGUUAAAGAAUAUAUGCAUAAUAAUGAACUAGCAGGAUUAACAUCGGCUUCAACUGAUAUAUAUAUUAAUGGAUCUCCAAUCAAUAAAUUAGAAUUAGAUGUAUUCAAAUUAGUUGAAAAAAUUGAAUCUGAACUUCAAUUAAUUAAAGAUUUAAAAGAUUUUGGACUUACAGUAGAACAAGCAAAAGUUCUUAUAACAAGAUAUGCAGAAAUAAGUGCAGUAAAACAAUCACAAUUCCGGUCAGGAAAUUCCGUUAUGGGAAAUAAUGAAAAUAGAUUUAAAGUAUUUUCAGAUUCUUAUAAGUUAAAGAAAAGAGGAGGUGUGGUAUUUUUUAAUGAUAUAGAAGAAGAUCCUAAUUAUAGACAAUAUACUACCGAUAGAAAUGAAGCUUAUUUUGGACCUGAAGCUCUUACAUUACAAUCAAAUCAAAUUCCUCCACUUCGUGAAAACAUUCAUGAUUUAAUAUUUGUAGUUAAUUUCGGGAAUAAAGAACAAUUAAGAGUAUUUUUAACAUUAACUAAAUUAAUAUUAGAUAAUGGUAUACCUCAACAAGUAGGUAUAAUUCCAAUUUUAGGAGAUGAUCCAAUAGAUUUAAAACUUGCAGAAAGAUUUUAUUUCUUAGUUGAAAAGGCUAGUCCACAAGAAGCAUUAGCAUUAAUUUAUAAAUAUUAUGAAGCAGGAAAUGGUGAUGAAGUUGAAGAAUUACUUAAAUUAAUUGAAAUUCCUGAGGAUAAUAAAUUUGAUGAAAGUAUUUUAUUAAAGACUUUAAAUAAAUAUUCUAUUGAAACUGCUUCAAUUAUAUUUAAUGGAGUCAUAUAUGAAUUAGAUUCUCCUAAUUGGCAAAUGGCUAUGGGUAAUCAAUUAUCUCAAGAUAUUGCCUUAAUAAGACGUCAUAUUGAAGAUGGAAUUCCUAAGGGUAAAUCUUUAAAGAGUUUAUUAUAUGAGAAUGCAAAAUCAGAAAGAGAUUUAAGAAUUAUACCUAAAGAUCCUGAGAAUGUUAUUUAUAAAUCUAUUGAUAAAGAAUUAAUUUCAAAUUCAACUGUUUUUAAAAAGAGUGGAUUUUCUUAUGAUGUAUCAGGAACAUUUUGGUUAAUUGGAGAUUUUAAUAAAUUAUCAGUUAUUAAACAAUUAAUUACUUUAUUGGAAAUGCUUGAAGAAUCUGAAUAUGAUUUUCAAAUUAGAAUAUUUAAUUCAGGAACUCCAGUAAAGGUUAUUGAAGAAAUUAAAUCUAAAUUUAUACUUAGAUCUUUAACUCUUAGUGAAAUCGAAGCAAUAUUAGAAAUACUUAUUAAAGUAAAAAGUUCAUCUGAAUCACCAGAUAUUGAAUCAAGAAAAUUUUUAGAAUCGAAAAAGUUACCAGUUUAUCAUACAUUUAUGUUAUUUAAUGGACGUUAUUUCAGAUUGGAUAAGAAUUUUUCAGAAAAGGAAAUUAAUUUAUUAUUAGAAUAUGAAUUUAGUCAAAGAUUAGAAGUAUUUCAAGAUGUUGUAAAUAGGAAUACAGACCACUUUAAAAAUAAGAAACUUGUUGAAUUUAAUAAAUUUGGUAAUAAACUUAAUAAUAGAGAUUGGUUUGAUUUAGUAUCAACAUUAGUAACAAAAUCCUUCCAUCCUGAUGAUAAAUUAUAUGUUACUGAUGUUAAUAGAUUUGAUUUAUCUAGAUUAGAUCCUAGGAAUCUGUUUGAAAUAUCUCCUUAUGAUCCUAAAAAGUUAGUUGACAUAUUCUUAUUAAUAGAUCCCUUUGACGAAUUUUCUCAGAAAGCUAUUAGUAUAAUCAAUAGUGUCAAAGAUUUUUCAUUUGUAAAUACUAGAAUUUUAUUACAACCUCGAGUUGAAGCUAUAGAUGAUGUAAAAAUCAAGAGAUUUUAUAAGGGAAAUUAUCCCUCAUCCAAGUUACAAUUUGAUUCUAAAAGUAUUAUUAGUCAAUUUAGUACUAAUUUUACAAAUAUUCCUGGAUCAACUUUAUUGACAACAGAUUUAGAUAUACCUUCACGUUGGAUUACUACUGCCAAGGAUAGCUCUAUUGGAGUAGAUUUGGAUAAUAUUAAGUUUGAUAAUUAUGAUAAUAAGUCAAUUUAUGGAACUUAUGAAUUAAGAAAUAUAUUAGUAGAAGGGUUUGCUCGUGAUGUUUCUAAUGGUAGAUCUCCAGCUGGUGUGGCAAUUGAAUUAGCUCUGAAAUGGUCAUCAGAUGAUUAUUAUACUGAUACUAAUAUAAUGUCUCACUUAGGAUAUUUACAACUUCAAGCAAAACCAGGUCUUUGGAAAUUUAGAAUAAAAGAUGGUAAGAGUUCAAAACAUUACUCUUUAUUAUCUAGUACUGAAAAUAAGUUUACUUCUAAUAAUGUUUCUAAAUCUGAUGAAAUAAUUAGUAUUUUGAAUCUCAAGGGUCUUACUGUGUACCCAAGAUUAAGGAAGAAUCCUGACUAUAAAGAUGUUUCAUUCUUAUUUGAUGAUGAUGAAUCUGUAGUUGAAGAUAAUAAAUCAAAUCAAAAACCAUUGGAACUUGUUAACAAAUGGUUAGGUAAUAAUAAUUCGAAGAAACAAGCAGAUAUUAAUGUUUUCUCAAUUGCUAGUGGUCAUCUUUAUGAGAAAUUAAUUUCAAUUAUGAUGACAUCAGUAACAAAAAAUACUGAUAAACUGGUAAAAUUUUGGAUUAUUGAAAAUUUUGUAUCUUCAAAUUUUAAACAAUUAUUACCUGAAUUAGCUCAAAAAUAUAAUUUUGAUUAUCAAUUUAUUACUUAUAAAUGGCCAAAUUUCUUGAGAAAGCAAAGAGAGAAACAUAGAACUGUUUGGGGUUAUAAAAUGUUAUUUUUAGAUGUUUUAUUUCCUCAAGAUCUUAAAAAAGUUAUCUUUAUUGAUGCAGAUCAAAUUGCUAGAACCGAUUUACAAAAUUUAGUAGAUAUUGAUUUACAAGGUGCACCAUAUGGGUUUACACCAAUGUGUGAUUCUCGUGAAGAAAUGGAAGGAUAUAGAUUCUGGAAACAAGGAUAUUGGUCUCAAGUUUUAGGAGAUGAUUUAAAGUAUCAUAUUAGUGCUUUAUAUGUUGUUGAUUUAGUACAAUUUAGAAAAUUAACUGCUGGUGAUAGACUUAGAUCCCAUUAUCAAAAAUUAUCAUCUGAUCCAGGAUCUUUAUCAAAUUUAGAUCAAGAUUUACCAAAUAAUAUGCAAAGACAACUUAAAAUAUUUAGUUUACCACAAGAAUGGUUAUGGUGUGAAACUUGGUGUUCUGAUGAUACAUUAGGUAAAGCUAAAAUGAUUGAUUUAUGUAAUAAUCCAAUUACUAAAGAAAAUAAGUUAGAUACUGCUAAACGUUUAAUACCAGAAUGGACAGAAUAUAAUCAAGAGAUUGAACACUUGAUUUCUAUAGUAGAAGAGAAACAACGUUUACAAAAUACUUUAAACAGCAAAAGAAAUGAAAAAGAAAAAGAAAAAGAAACAGAAAAAGAAAACAAAAAUGAAAGCGAUGAGGACCAUGAUGAUGAACAAUGGCUCCAUGAUGAAUUGUAAAUAGGCUAUUUAAAUAAAUAUUAAAUGAAGUAAGUAAGUAAGUAAAAUUAAUAAAACAAUUUGCAACUUUUUUUACAG